AUGGUCCUCGACGGCUAUAAUGUCAUUCAAUUUCUUACAAUCGAAGACACAGCUUUUGCUCGAAAAGUUGAUUUCAAUCUACCACAGCGUUUUGACAUCACAUAUGUUGACUCAAAUACUGAGGAAAGAAGGCCUAUCAUGAUCCAUAGAGCAGUGCUUGGAUCAUUCGAAAGAUUCUUUGGUGUUCUCAUUGAGCAUUAUGCUGGUGAUUUUCCAUUAUGGCUUUCUCCAACACAAGCUCGAGUUUUACCUGUUACUGAUGCCCAGACUUCGGAGAUUUUGGAGCCAGAAGUAGUCUUGCAGAGGAAGGAGUGUUCUCGGAGCCGAGAAGAACGCAGUCGCAGAGGAGUGCUGAGAAAUGUGAGUGAGGAAUGCCGAGAAAUGCGAGUGAGAGGGAUGAGACGGAUGACCUCCUCAUCGGGCAAGAGGAUCAAGACUUUGGGAUCAAAGAGGAAGGAUAAGGAACCAGACCGCUCUUACUCCAACAAGUUCCUUUCCCGCAAGCAUGAGCGCCACUUCAAUGUUGUCCAAGAUAGGAGGUUAUUAAUGGAAAGGAACGCUGGACUGAUACCUGAUUUUGCUCCACAGUUUGGAGAGCAAUUGGAGAAUAGGAACUAA